ACGUGACGUCAUGUCGGAGCAGAAGAGAUAAGACAGUCGGACGAAGGGAGUUCUGUUUCCUGGUGUGUCGUAGAGCUGAGAAGUCGUUUGCACGCGUCGUCCCCGUCGUCGUCAGCUCCGCGUAUCUCGAGAUGUCGUACGCGUACCUGUUCAAGUAUAUCAUUAUCGGGGACACAGGAGUUGGAAAGUCCUGUCUCCUCCUCCAGUUUACGGACAAGAGAUUUCAGCCAGUUCAUGACUUGACAAUAGGGGUCGAAUUUGGCGCUCGUAUGAUCACCAUUGACAGCAAGCAAAUUAAACUGCAGAUUUGGGACACUGCGGGUCAAGAGGCAUUCCGUUCUAUAACAAGGUCGUAUUACCGCGGAGCAGCCGGAGCUUUAUUGGUAUACGACAUUACACGUAGGGAAACGUUUAAUCAUCUCACGACAUGGUUGGAGGAUGCAAGGCAGCACUCCAACUCCAAUAUGGUCAUCAUGUUAAUCGGCAACAAAAGCGAUCUGGACAGCCGAAGAGAAGUGAGGAGAGAGGAAGGCGAGGCUUUCGCACGCGAACACGGUCUAGUCUUCAUGGAGACCAGCGCUAAGACUGCAGCCAAUGUUGAAGAAGCGUUCAUCAAUACGGCGAAAGAAAUCUACGAAAAGAUACAGGAGGGUGUCUUUGACAUCAAUAACGAGGCGAACGGUAUUAAGAUCGGACCACAGCAUUCACCAACUAGUCCGGGUGGUUUAGCAGGCACCGGUGGACAAGGUAGCGCGCAGGGCGGCGGGUGCUGCUAGGGGCUGGGGCUUAUCUGUCCGCCGCUUCAUCCUUCUCCGAUCUGAGAGUUGACUCUACACUCCCGCGCUCCUCGUUUUAAUCUGAACACACUUACUUUGUACAAUUUAAUUUCGCGUAUGCGACGUCAUGAGGUAACGAAUGACGUAAGUUGGUGUAUUUAUUAUUUGAGAAUAAUCUUAUACACGUAAAUAAAUAUAGGAUUAUUGUAAGACGAAAAUGUUAUACAUCGCUAAAAAUCAUGAUGCAUUAAUAAAGUCUUUAUUUACAAAUUCUCGAGAAAGACGAGAUGAAUGAAGUUCAUUUUGCGUCGUGUGUUCUCUCUGACUCUCUGACGGAUUAGAUUCUGGCGCGAGCAGAGACACUUAUUCCAACUUCUUAAUAUAUAAUCAUUUUCGUUCUUGCACAUCACACACGUACACAUCACGCGUAAAUAGUUUUACCUUCGAACGUGAGGUCUUGUGUUUUAAACUGGAUGGUAGCUGAGGUUCCCUCUUGAUUUCCAAUUAGAAAUUAUUUUUUACGUUUAUUUAAGGGUUACUAUAAUUUAGUUACAUUCUAGUUAAGUCUUAGCAGGCUUGUCUCCCACUUUAUGCAGCACAACACGAGAUAUAUUAUGCAUACAUUAAGUAAUAUCGAUCGGGAGCGAUAAAGCGAGAGAAGACGGGAAGACACUUGAACUUGAUGUUUUAUAUUCAUUUAAUGUAUAUUGCGUAUAUACUAUAAUGUAAUGUGCACUAAUCAUUCAAAAUUCCAUUACCUAUCGUUAAUGGCUCGUGAAUGUAUCGUUUAAAUCAAUUGGACGUGAUUUCCAUCUAUUACUUAAAAAAGCAAAUAUUAUAUAUAUACAUAUAUAAUCGACGCCAUCACGAGGCCUAUUUAGCCAGAUUUAUAUUCUAUAUAAUAGUUACACAAAAAAGACAAUUUUAUUGCAUAUACAUAUACAUAUAUAUAUCGAUAAUAUUGGUAUCAUCAUUUAUGGCUUUUAACUGUGGCGUCUCCUUCUGAGAAGCGAAGCGGCAUUAUUAGUGCUAUAAACAAAUCAAAACGAUUUACAUUUUUACAAUUUAUAUCAUAUAGUGAGAUUGCGAGGGGUUUCUAGCAUCUAAUACAAGAGCCAUGUUUAAGUUUCUCGACCAUAGAUGAGGAUACCGAUGUGCGUGUAGGAUAAUUUUACCUGUAUUUCGUCAAAAUUCAAAAAUUACUACGCUCCAAAUAAGCGCUCUUGCUUCUGUCUCGAGAGAACGAAUAUAUUACGAGAUAUCUUUGUUCGCGCGCGCGGAGACGCGAAAAACGAACUUAAUAAUUACAGGCAUUUACGAUGCGAAUAAAAUAUAGCCCCUGAUAGUGCACGCCGUUACAUUUAUUGAGCUGUUUGCCGACCGGCAAGAGUAAUCAUACGUUACCACCGAUGUUCCCUCAAUGAAAUUACGAGUGGGAGCACAGCUAUUAGCGUGAAUAUAUACCGUAUUAGUACAAAUUGGCUUGUCGACUAUUAUUGUAAUCAAACUGCUCGUGAUACUUCAAAUUACGAGCUUAUAUAUAUAAUUGUUGUACCAAAGAAUGCGUCUGCAUUGCGUACCUCUUUUUUGCGCUUGUAACACCGUAACAGUUACAUCAAGUAUAUCGGCUUCAGGAAAUAUCAUUCGGACACGUUCUGAUUUAGCAUAAUUAUCCAGCGAUUCUACACAUGGUCGAUACUUUUUGACCGCUUGUGAUGUAUUUUGUAUGUAUGUGCUGGCAUACCUUUUCGAUCGGAAAUAUAUAUGUGCACAUUACUUAUUGUCCCUGAAUUUAAGCUGUUUUUGUGUAACUUAAAUGUUUAAGGAUAUGCAUGGGAGCAGAGAGAUAAAAAGUGCGUUUACCCGGGAAAAUUAUUCCAUAAAAUUUGGGACUAAGAUUGGAUGUACAUAGAAUACGAAUUCUACGCUUCUUUCAUUUUAUUAUGUAGCGUUCAACAUUCUGUAUUAAGUUGUUCCAUAUGGUACAUUUAUUUAAAUAAUUACAUAAAGACAAAAAAUUUAUAAAAUUUUAUUUAUAUAUGUCGUGUUAUUUUACACGCGAAUAAUAUUUUAUUAAUAUAAUUUUAAUAACCAGAAUGUCUUGCAAUAUGUAAUUUGUGUAAACAAUGUAAAUUAUGUUUGACGUAUCAUCUAUGUGAAUAAUAAGUAAUCUACGGCUU